AUGUCGCUUCAACCGCGGACCGAAGGUGGCCCGGAUUUGAAGUUUUACGAGUCCGCGGAGACCUUGCAACAAUUCGAAUACGUCAAGCAAUGGCUCGUGAAACAAUGCAAGAAAUACACACAGGCCGAGCCGCCGACUGCCAAGAGUCUCGCGCAGCUCACGGUUCAGAUGUGGCAAUUCCAGGAAGAUUCCCUGGGGAGAAACUCACCGAAACCUCGAGCGCUUGCUCGUUUACCCAUUCGUGUCUUCAUGGAUCUUAGAUCUGGGGGAGCUCUCUGUCACCUCCUCGCUGCCGCUUACAAGUUCAAGGUCGAGCAAGGCUGGCGAAGGUUUGACUUCGCUUCUCCCAAUCGACACGACAAGAAUAUUGAGUUUUUCCAAGUUGCUGAGCGUCAGCUGGAGAAUCAACGCUUCCUCGACCGUCCUGUCGUUUUUGUGAGUGAUGCAAAGCACAAAGAAACCGUUCGCAAACUCGGAGGUGAAAUCGCGAACUCCGCGGACGACGCCACUGUUAUUGUGUCCGCAUCCGCGCAACCAGAAGAUACAUCAGAAACCUGGGUCCGAGGCGUCUCACGAAAAGAAAAUCAGGUUCUUGUUCAUUUCUGCCAGACGCCGGACUCGUACGACUUCUGGGCUGAUGCCGAAGCAGAAGCUUCCGAGCCGUCACCACGUCCUCCGGACUGCACGAGCUACGAGGUCACCCCGCAAUGGUUGGUGGAUUCCGAGCUUUACAACGAGUGGAUGAAUCCUGAAGAUUACGAUGUGGAUCAAGACAACCGUCGGAGAUGUUCCAUCGACGAACUCUUGUGCGGCAAAAAGAAGAAAAGUUCGAAGAAACGGGGACGCAGCCCGUCUCCUGGCAGCGCAGGUGGGAAAAAAGCGAGGAAGAGCAAAGGACGCAAGGAAGAUCUCACGAAGGAUAUGGAGGAUCCACUUCCUGAGACGGUCGCCGAGAAAGUCGAAGAUGGAGGUUUGCCACCGAGAAGCCUGAACUUGGCCGAGCUGGUCCCCGAGAAAAAAGUCGUUGUUGAAGACAUGGUGACGGAACAAGCGAGCCAUAUAAUCAUACCAUCAUACGCCGCUUGGUUCGAUUAUACUUCCAUCCACGCGAUUGAGCGUCGCGCAUUGCCGGAAUUCUUCACCGGUAAAAACCGCUCGAAAACGCCGGAAAUCUUCAUGGCUUACCGCAACUUUAUCGUCGACGCGUAUCGUCUGAAUCCGUCCGAGUACCUCACAGUCACGGCUUGUCGUCGGAACCUGGCGGGUGACGUUUGUGCCGUUAUGAGAGUGCACGCCUUCAUGGAGCAAUGGGGCGUCAUAAAUUAUCAAGUGGACGCCGAAUCUCGACCAACACCGAUGGGUCCUCCUUCAACCUCUCAUUUCCAUGUCUUGGUGGACACACCUUCCGGUCUGCAAACCUUGAAUCCCCCGAAAACGAAUCAACCUCAGAGCGCAACGGUGAACGCGACGCCGACGUCAGCAUCGUCGAUCAUCAUAAACUUGGAUUCCAUCAAAAACGAGAACUCCAAUGACUCAACAUGCGGCAACGGCGUCAGCAAAGACAAAGAUUUCCCCAAAGAGCCCGCUGCCGAUGGGGAGCCGACGAUCGGCGACAUGCUCGGCUUGAAGACCGAUCAGUAUUCGAAUGCCGCUAAGAAGGAAGCUCUUGCGAAACAGAAAACGAAUAGAGAUUGGAGCGAGCAGGAAACUCUGCUCCUGCUCGAAGGUCUAGAGAUGUUCAAGGACGACUGGAACAAGGUUUCUGAACACGUGGGUAGUCGAACUCAGGAUGAGUGUAUCCUCCAAUUCCUGAGGCUACCAAUUGAAGACCCCUAUCUGGACGGCGACGACGUCAACUCGGGAGCCCUCGCCUACCAACCGAUCCCGUUCUCGAAGGCUGGCAACCCCAUCAUGUCGACGGUGGCUUUUCUCGCGUCUGUGGUCGACCCGAGAGUUGCGAGCUCCGCAGCCAAGUCCGCGAUGGAGGAGUUUGCGAAAAUCAAGGAUGAGGUUCCCUCUUCCCUGGUCGAGCAACACCUGGACAACGUCAUCGACAAAGCUGUCAGCGAAGGAAAGACGCCGGCCCCUGAUACCGAUUUGGGGAAGUCGGGAAUUGCCGGAACCGACAAGCCGCAGGAAGAGGGAGAACCCAUGGACACAGCCCACGGGAAGGAAGUCAAAGACGAGCAGGACAAGGAGAAUUCAGAGGACGACGAGCGCAAGAAGUCACAGAAGGAGCGUCUCAAAAUGGACUCGUUGCUGUCGGCUGCCGCAGCUGCGGCGCUCGGUUCUGCGGCCGUGAAGGCGAAACAUCUUGCUGCUGUCGAAGAGAGAAAAAUCAAGUCGCUCGUCGCCCUGCUAGUCGAGACCCAGAUGAAAAAGCUCGAGAUCAAACUGCGGCAUUUCGAAGAACUGGAAUCAAUAAUGGAUAAAGAGAGAGAAACCCUGGAGUAUCAGAGGCAGCAGCUCAUUCAAGAGAGACAGCAGUUCCAUCUGGAACAACUCCGCGCCGCGGAAUUCCGGGCUCGUCAGCAGGCUCACGCCAUGAUGAUGGCACAACAGCAACAGAGGCCGGGAGGAGCUCAAGUUCCGGCAGCUGCGAAUGGUGGUUCGAUAGGCGCCGGACCGCCUGGACCCACGCAAGGGCACCAAGGGGUGUCGCCCAUCACACAAAAUUGA